CUUUAUGCUUCCUUUUCCAGCAAGACUAGGAGCUACAGGAGUCGAUGAGAUUAGAAAAGGGACAGGGAAGGUAGAAAGCAGCUCAGCGGUCAGUGCAUUACAGAACACCCCUGCCCUAUGGCACAGCUGGCAGAGGGGUGCCAUACUUCCUUCCUCAGCCUGGAAAUGCAAAAUGGUUGGAUGUUUAAACAUGCUUCAUGGCAGAGAAUCUAAAGAACUGUGGGACUCUGCUCUGCCACCCCUCUGCUCUCUAAAAGAAAAAUUAUUUAAAUGGGGAAAGACAUGAAGCUGUCAACAAAGUAGGAAUUUCUUUAGCAUACAGAAAGGACAUGUUCAAAAGUAGCAAGAUCUAUACAGGUAACUGUAUGGCCAGCUGAGUGGUGUAUAGAGGACACUCAGCAAAACCAAAGCAGUAUGUUUAGGGACCAAGCCUGUGGAAAUUGCAAUGGACUGUUAUGAGAGGUGAGGAAGACUUCUCUGAAAAUGCAGUUGCUGCCACCUGGCAUGAAUAGAGCUGUAAGAAACACCUAAGUUCCCUUUGAACUCAGAGACUGAAAUAACAGGAAUACCAUCCAGAACAUACAUGCACCCAGCCACGGCUUCAGCAGAAAUGGAACAAGUUGGCUGUCUCUGAGUAUGACAAGUACAGAGCAUGACUGCAAGGCCAGGCUUUCACUGAGCUGGCACCCUGUCUGAGCAGCAAUCUGUGAAAGAAACAAGAGAAAGAUCUGACAAGCUGAAGAGAGAGAUGGGAAAGGAGCUACUGCAACACACCCAGAAGCACUGGAAACAGGGCUGCAAGAGAAAACUGGAAGUGGUUUUAAUCUAAAUACUAAAUGAAAGAGACCUGGGACUGUGAACACAGAAAAUGUCCUUUGUGUCAUCUCCCAGGUGCUCAGAGAAACUGAAUUUUAUAAAUCCUUGCAAAUAUAAGGAACCACAGUGAAGAUACCCAUCCUAUCUUCAGAUUAUAAUCUAACAGAAGAAAUGCACUGGACUCUUAACUUGGCUAGCUGCAUGAGUCAAAAUGAUGUAACACUACCCUGAUGUUUGAGUGCUAUGCAAGCCACUGAAAGCUACUGCUUUGUUAUGUGGUAGCAAAGCACACUGCUUCAGCCCCUGAAAGCAGACCUAGUUCUCUAAGGAAACAAAGGACAUCCUCCACCCCAAAAUAAAGGGGUCUGGGAAAUGACCCCAGGAAAUCGGUGUCUCCUGCCAGCCUCGCCAAGGGAGACACACUAUUUCAGCAGUAUAAAGGCCCAUUCAACCCUAUGGCACGGAUAGAAGGAAAGUUCCCUCCCUCCUCCAAGUUUCCAAGCAGACAGCAGCAGAGUAAAGCGCUCCUGUUUAGUAUUCUGCUACUGUUGUCAAUGAGGUUUGUGGAUAAACUGAGUGUCGCCUAUGCCAGAGCAGAGCUGGUCUCCACCCUGCCAGUGCAGCAGCAGGACCAGAGCAGAACCGUCCUCUCACUGCCUUCCCAGACCGCUUCUGCAGAGCAAGCAGAGAAGAGACUCGCCCUCUCUCCUGGUCACAGAGCAUCACAGCAUCCAGACUGCUAACGAGGAGGCCCUCUCCCCUGUUACAUGCUCCUGCCGCUCAGGAGGACCAGCACAGAAGGACGCACCAUCUUCAUAUAUCUGCAUCAUUACAGCAUCAGGACAACAACACAGGAGGACAUCCCUCCUGUCUAGCCAGCAUCACUGAGGAAGGACAAGCUAAAAGAAGGGCUUCUCUCUUAGCAGCUCAUUUCAGCAUCUGCAGAAGCUGACCCGUGCUUCUCUCCCACACCCCACUCUCUGUGUUACCACUGCUGAAACAGGAUCUGUUCCAAACAGGGCUUUUUCUUCCAUACCUGCAGUUGUUCAGCAGGACACACUGGCAACAGAGUUUUUCUCCAGUCUGUACAGCAGGACCUGGACUAGGAGCAAUAGCUCUUUCUCCAGUAUGACUGCAGCAAGCCCAGCUCAGAGCUACAGCUUUUAAAUUCAGCUAGGAUUGCGUAAGCAGCUCUUCCACCCUCUCCCUCUACUCCAUCCCCUCUCCUUGAAACUGGACAGCGGGUGCUUCUACACCAGCCUCAUUUGUAGCAGGAACUUCUGACAGCAUUUGCUGACGUGCAUGGAAGCAAGGGAUGGGUUCACUCAAAAACAACGAGCCCAUCAAAGAGCCUCUGAACGUUUUAUCUCAUAAGGGAUCACCAUCUCCAGUAAACUCUGACAAUACAACGUUAGACGAACUAUGGAUCCAAAGGCUGCUGCCUUCCUACCCCCGUUACCGUGGCAACCGCCCGGGCUCCCCCAGCCCCGCUCCGCCGCCGCCGCCGCCGCCGCCGCUGCCGGAGCUGUUGGGCAGCCGCCUGCCGCCGCCGGCCAUGGAGCUGCUGGCUGCAGCGCUCAGCGCCGCCUGCGCCCUCGACCAGGACGGCUCGGCGGGACAGCCCGGCAGGGAGCCCGCCGCGGCCGCUGAGGAGAGCCCUGCCGCCACCACUGCCGAGGCGCCGCCGCCCGCCCAUCCCAUGACGGCCGAUUCCUGGAGGAACCUGAUCGAGCACAUCGGGCUCUUGUAUCAGGAAUAUCGAGAUAAAUCUACGCGCCAGGAGAUUGAAACCAGACGUCUUCAGGAUUCACAGACAGACGCUGAGGAGAGUUCACCCAGCGAGGAAACCCCAUCUGAAGCAGAACCUACAAGUACAACUGAAAGCAAAGCUCCACCACAGAUCAGUUUGCUGAGGAACUCCAACUCCAGGUUCAACUUAUGGCAGGAUCUUCCUGAGAUCCGGAGCAGUGGGGUCCUCAGCAUCCUCCAGCCAGAUGAGAUCAAGCUGCAGGAGGCCAUGUUUGAGCUGGUUACUUCUGAAGCCUCGUAUUACAAGAGUCUGAAUCUGUUGGUGUCUCACUUCAUGGAGAAUGAACGUCUGAAAAAGAUCUUACACCAGUCUGAGGCACACAUCCUCUUCUCCAAUGUUCUGGAUGUCAUGGCUGUUAGCGAGCGCUUCCUGUUGGACCUCGAGCAGCGGGUGGAGGAGAAUAUUGUGAUCUCGGAUGUGUGUGAUAUUGUCUACCAGCAUACAGUUAAUCACUUCUCUGUGUACAUCACCUACGUCUCCAACCAGACCUACCAGGAGAGAGCUUACAAGCAGCUUCUCCAGGACAAGCCGGCUUUCCGGGAAGUGAUCUCACAGCUGGAACUGGAUCCCAAGUGCAAAGGCCUGUCCUUUUCUUCCUUCCUGAUUCUGCCGUUUCAAAGGAUCACUCGGCUUAAGCUGCUGGUGCAGAAUAUUUUGAAGAAAGUGGAAGAGAAGUCUGACAGGGAAACCACCGCCCUGGACGCACAUAAAGAGCUGGAAACAGUGGUGAAAGCAUGUAAUGAAGGUGUCAGAAAGAUGAGCCGAACAGAGCAGAUGAUCAGCAUCCAGAAGAAAUUGGAAUUCAAAAUCAAGUCUGUGCCCAUCAUCUCUCACUCCCGCUGGCUGCUGAAGCAGGGAGAGUUGCAGCAAAUGAAUGGUCCAAAGACAUCACGAACACUUCGCACCAAGAAACUCUUCAGAGAAAUCUACUUGUUCCUUUUCAAUGAUCUGCUGGUAAUUUGCCGACAAAUUCCUGGGGACAAGUACCAGGUGUUUGACUCAGCUCCCCGUGGGCUUCUUCGGGUAGAGGAGUUAGAAGACCAGGGGCAGAGUUUGGCCAACGUCUUCAUCUUGAGGCUGCUGGAGAAUGCAGAUGACCGGGAGGCCAGCUACAUGCUGAAGGCAUCAUCCCAGAGCGAAAUGAAGCGCUGGAUGAUUUCACUGGCCCCAAACCGGAGAACCAAGUUCGUUUCAUUUACAUCCAGACUUGUUGACUGCCCACAGAUCCAGUGUGUCCACCCGUACGUGGCCCAGCAGCCAGAUGAGCUGUCCUUAGAACUGGCUGACAUCCUCAACAUCCUGGACAAGACAGAUGACGGCUGGAUAUUUGGGGAGCGUCUUCACGACCAGGAGAGGGGCUGGUUCCCCAGUUCUAUGGGGGAGGAGAUCCUGAACCCCAAAAUCCGAGCCCAGAACUUGAAGGAGUGUUUCCGGGUACACAAGUCGGAUGACAGUCAGCGGAGAAAACUGGGCAGCAGAAACCGCCAAUGACUGAUGGCAUCCCCAAGCAUCUGGAGCACCUCUGGGAAAGAGGCAGAGGACAGAGGCUGCCAGCUGGGAGGAUAUGGCAGUGGUGCUGUGGGCCACGGUGCAGGACUUGGUGUGCCAGACCAGGCACACGCACCCCUGAACAAACAGAUUGUAGUUCCUGGGCCCCCCACCAUGCUUCCUGCAGCACCGAUCCUUUCCUGGAGAUCAGUGCCCCGAACUGCCUAAAAUAACCCCUUUCCAGGUAUUCUGUAAAGCCCCAAAGAGCAUGAGCCAAAUGGACACAGCCCGAAGGCCACCAGUGCCAGCCAGCUGAGCCUCGUUCCCUGCACAUGUGCUAGCUGGGGCAGGCUCAGGCCGCUUGGGAAAGGCACAUGGCCACAAAUGUAACGAAGCAAUUAAUGUCGCCCAGUUUGAGCACUUGCAGCUCAUCACUACCUUUUGAGUUUGGGGCCCUCCUAAAGCAGCAUCUUACAAGGGUAGAAAAUUAAGUAGAGGAGCUGUCAGGCUGCCUGUCAUGCAGCCCGUUGGCACCAGGCUGGGAUGAGCCCCAGGAGCUCCACCUCCCCAGUCCUGCUGCGAAGCCGCUGGGCCCAUUCCCACAGACAGACCGUCGAUCUGUUUCUAGUCAAACAUUCUGAAAUGCCCCAUACCCAGCCCCACUCCACCAGCAGCCUGACCUCACCAGCCCUGACCCAUGUCUCUGCCCACCUUACAGCCUCAAAACACAUCUAGGCCCUGCCCCGUGGCUCACCCCUUCUUCCACAGCUGGCAUCCCUCUGCAGAGCCGCUGCAGAAGCCUGGCACUGUGGCCUUUCCCAGUUGAUCUGGCACUUGCUGUCUCUGCUACUCACUGAUGCUGAGGCACAGACCAGGGUGGCUGUGCCAGUGCCUCCCCGUACACCGCCACGUACCAUGGGAGCACCAGCAGACGCGGGCUGCCGCACAACAGGCAAGCGAGGUUACCCCGGGAGCUGUUGUCCUGCCUACUGUAGGAGGCCCAGCGACUGCUGCCUGCAUGCUUGUAACCCACACCACCCAGCUGUGUGCACAAACCCCCUGUACAGGCUUACCUCCGUGUAUAUACGCAAAUCCUCUGUCGCCAGCAGAGCUAGAUCAUCACUCCUUCCAGCUGUGGCACUGAGCAUCGCAUGAAGCCCAGGGCAGAGCACUGCGACUGGCCAGGGGACAGACCCACGGCAGCCAUCUGUUGUUCAACAGCCUUGCCCUGAACAGUCCCACACAUGGCUGCAGCCAAGAGCCUCUUAGCUACAGGCUGGACCUGAGCUGCAGCCAGCAUCCAUCAGGGAAAUCAGCUAUUUAGCAUCUUUCUGUAACACUGCAAAGGAGAGACUUCCAGGUGGUGUGGCCUGUGCGGUUGUAUGCUCCAGCAGUGCCAGUUGCGCUUGGAAAGGGGACAGGGAGCAGCUCCCUGCCGUGCACACGCAGCAGAGGAGCACAGCUGUGCCGGUGGCAGUGUGAGGAGGAAGCAGGACACCAGGGAGCUGCUGGAGGGGGGCUCUGGAGCUGGUCUUUGGGCCAUGUGUGGCCCAGGUUACACUUGGGGUGUGAGGCACGAGGCCAGAGCUGUUCUCAGGGCUGCCCCUACAGUCACCACAGCCCUCAGACAGCCAGACAAGUCAGCCCUGCACUGGGGCAGCCCCCCUGGGACCAAACUGGUGAGAGCCAAAGCAGCAAAGGGAGAGUGAAGGGGUUCACGCCUCAGGCCUAGCUUGGUGCCACUGUGUUAGCAUGUGACAACAGCCAGCAGGGCUGUGCCUGCCCUGGCCACCUGUGGCAGCCCUGAGAGAGAGCCCCUGGGCAGCUCACACCAGCCAGAGGCUCCCAGCCACCUGUCAGUGCCCAACCCAGAGCUGGGGGCCAUGAAGGGACCCCAGCCUCCAGUCUGGUGCUUUGAGCUCAUUUAAUGAGAAGACCCUAAGUCAGAUCACCCCACAGUCAGCUUUCUGAGUACAACCAAACCUCCAGGUCAGGGUCCAGACCUUGCAGCAGCCAGAAAUUCUCUGUAGCAAAACCCAGAGAAGCUUCAGCUCUAGAAGUCCUUAAAAUGACCUGAGAAAUCACCACGUCCCAGAUCCCCCAGCUUCACAGUACAACAGCCAGCACAACCCAGGCAGUGCAGCCCCACACACCUGCCUGGGAGGUUUCUCACAGCACAGAACUGCUUCCUUAGCCAUCAGAAACAGCUCCUUUGCUAGUGGAAGGGCUGACCCAGGUUCCCCACUGCAUUUUUCUGGGGGGAGAGGUGCCCAGGGCUGCUGGCCACUGUCCCAUGACCCACACCCUCUUGCUCUGUUGUGAGUUUUUAAGACUCCAAACCCUCAGCACAGGCUGUGCCAUUUUCAGGCACGAAGUGGCAUCCAGUGUUAUUUCCUCAGACCCAGCCCUGCACGCCUCUGUUCAAGUGGUCUCAAGUGUUGUACAGGGCCAGGCCUGGGGCCCACAAGCACGGGCUGGAGCCCCCCCAGCUGCUGCCCGGCUGCCUCAGCGAACUGAGGGGAACUUCUCAUUGUCUCGUUUUUUCUGUGUGAUGAAAUAUAGCUGAGCAAGCCAGCA